AUGGAAAGCAUUUCUGUCGAAGGAGAAUCCAGUCGCACCAAUGAUCAGAAGCCCAUACAGGAGUUCACCCAGCAGGAACUCAAAUUCAUCGACGAGCAGGUAACGAAAUACUCGGAAGAAGCCAAAAAGUUAAAAGAAGAAGCCCACCGUAGAAACACUAGCUGCAUCUUCAGAGUCCUCCCGAGGCUUAAGGAAAUCAAUGGCAACUCGUUAUACGAGCCCAACAUGGUCUCCAUCGGGCCCUACUACUACAACCUUCGUAAUGAAAAGUUGAAAAUGGCCGAAGAUUGCAAGAAGAAGUGCUUCGGCUCCUUGCUGACCAAGAACAUGGAUAAAGACAAGCAAAUUGAAAUCUAUAAGCGCUGCUUGCAAAGAAUAGGCCAACUUGAAGAGGACAUCAGAAAGUGUUAUUCUGAAGAGUUCGAAGUCACUGGUAUUGUAUUUCUCGAAAUGAUGGUUGUUGAUGCUUGUUUUAUAAUAGAAAUAAUUGAAAUGUUUGGAUUCAAGAAGAUAGAAGUCAACUCCAGCGAAUCUGAUCUUGGAGCCUUGGCGUGGAUGGUACCGUAUUUCUACAGGGACUUUCUCCUGCUUGAGAAUCAGAUCCCUUUUUUCGUUCUGCAAGAGAUAUAUGCGCUUACCCAUGAUAUUUCUGUCGAGAGCAGUAGACCCAAGCUGAUGUAUGCUGCUUUGAGAUUCAUUAUGAACGGAAUGAAAAAAUCCGGUUUUGCUAUUUUUUCCGGUUUCUUACAUGAUAGGUUGGAUCAAUUGAAUAGGUGGCCCGUCCUGCAUUUGCUGGACUUGGUUGGGAGUAGUUUAAUGCCAUCCAAUAUCCUACAGGGACCAUCCUUUUUUGAUGCUCCAUUCAUUCACUGCAUCUCGAAGCUCCGGCUAGCAGGGAUCAAGGUCAGUCCGGGCGGGGGGCCCAGCUUCCUAGAAGUGAGAUUCAAGAGAGGUGUGAUUGAGAUGCCAAACAUAGCCAUCGACGACUUUAUGAGAUGUCUGUUGCUGAACUGUGUGGCAUUCGAGCAGUGCCACCAGAGAAGCAACAAGUACUAUUCGGUUUACGCUACUUUUUUGGACUGCCUGGUGAACACCAAGGAGGACGUCGAGUACCUUCGCGAGCGCAAUGUCAUUGACAAUUACCUUGCCAACGACUCCGAGGUUGCGCAGUUCAUUAACAGUGCGGGCAAGGAUUUGGUACUCAAUGCUGAUAAGGGCUUCUAUUUGGGGGAAUUGUUCGAGGAUGUGGACAAGCAUUAUCGGAAUAGCUGGAUGUGGAAGUGGGCGAGCUUCAAGCGGGAGUAUUUUGACAAGCCGUGGUUGCUUCUGUCGGCAGCGGGUGGCCUUUUGCUCGUACUGGCUACGUCAUUCCAGGCCGUAGUGGCUUACAAGUAUAAAAAUAACUAG